AUGGCCGAGCCGACCGUGCCUGUGCUGGACGUGCCUCUGGCUGCCCAGCGCCUGGGCCAAUUGCAACAGAAACUGGCAGCAUGGAACGUGGAUGUCCUGACCUGUGCCGUGUCCAAGGCUGAUGAGGAGAUUAUGCAAGCGCGCAACAUCGCCUUUUCGGUUCACUUGGCUGGUCUGUUGAUUUCGGAAUGCUUCUUCAUGGUGACGCCCAAGACGCUUCACGUCUUCACUGGCAAGAAGAAGCUUGAGUAUUUGAAGCCGUUGCAAGAUCGCCUCGGCGAAGACAGCGUCAAGCUGCAUGCCCGCAACAAGGCCGAUGGUAAUGCCGAGAAUUAUGAAAAGGCAGGCGAGGUAUUGGAACAGAGCAAGAAGGGCGUCGGUUUCGUCUCGACACGACACUCAGGCAGCCAAGGCCCGUUCUUGGACGGAUUUGAGAAGCUCGUGCAGAAGGCAGAAGCUCGUGACUUGGGCUCUGAAGUUGGUCACCUCAUGAUCGUCCAAGAUGACAAGGCCAUGACAAACUCGCGCAACGCGGGUCUCUUCAGUGCCUAUGUCAUGCAAAAGAUGGUGCGCAAGACGCUUGUCACCAUGAUUCAGGACGAUGAGCGAAUCUCCAAUGCUCAACUGGCUGAGGACCUGGAGCGCGCCAGCUUAGAUGGGCGCGUAUCCAGCAAGCUCAAUCUGGAUGGCAGUCUUGAUGCAGCCAUGCUGCCCAUCGUGCAGUCUGGUGGCCGAUACAAUAUCAAGCUUAAUGCACAGUCUGAUGACAAGCGCCUGCGUGCUGGCGUUGUGCUUAUCAACAUGGCUUAUUCCUACAACAACUAUUGCGCAAAUGUGGCUCGUACCUACCUCUUUGACCCGAGCAACGAGCAUGAGCGCACCUACAAGCGCCUCUUGGAGGUGCGCGACGAGGCCAUCAAGGCUGUGCGUGUUGGUGCGACCUUGGGCCAGGUGUACGAUGCGGCCAUCAACUACUUGAAGCAAGAAGAUGAACUGCUGGUGGAUCAUUUGCCUCGCAACAUUGGGUGUGCGAUUGGCGUGGAGCUACAGAACAAAGAUUUUGUCAUCAAGUCUGGGAAUGACAACAUCAUUGAAGCAGGCAUGGUGCUGCGACUCAACGUGGGCUUUGCCGAUCUGGAGGAUCAGGGCAAGACAUUCAGUCUUUUGGUCUCCGACACGGUUCUCGUGUCACCAAAAGAAACCACGGUGCUCACAGAGCAGGCCAAGUCAGACUUGGACAGCAUUCGCUUCCAAUUUGCCGAGCAGGAUGAGGAGGCGCAGCAAGAGGCCAGCCGUCGUUUGGCCCAAACCUUGGGUGAGCGUAAGAGCCGCCAUGAAAACAGCGCCGUCAACGGUGAUGCCGAACGUGCUGACCACCAAGCCGAGAUUCGCGAACGACUCGAAGCAGAAGUGCGCCGCCGUUUGCUGAACCAGGAUGAUGACGAGGGCUCGUUUGGCACCGAAAAGACGCCAAUUGCUUACACAGAUCCGACGCGAUUCCCGUACGAGAAAGUCAAAUCCCAAAAAAUUAUCGUGGAUCGCCGGCAUGAGACAGUGAUUCUUCCCAUCCAUGGCUUCGCAACGCCUAUUCACAUCUCUUGCAUUAAGAACGUCUCGCAAACAGACGGCGAGGAUCACUCCCUCUUGCGCAUCAACUUCAAUCAUCCGGGUAUCAAGAAUAUUCGUCCCAAUGCCGAAAAUGAGCCCGAAGCCUACCUCAAGGAGAUUACUUUCCGCAGCCAAAGUGCCCCGACCCUGCAAACGGCCUUUCGUCUCAUCCGUGAUACGCAAAAGAAGUACAAGGACAUUGAGCUUGAGCGCAAGCGCAACGAG